CGGCUCGCGGAAAAGAGUGGAGUCGGAUCCGCGGAGUCGGAUCCGCGGAAUCGGUGCGCGGAGUCGGUCUGAGCGGACACCCUUAAAUAGCCGCGUGACGUCACAUAUCGUACAACGUAAACGUCUGAGAAGAAUAAAGUUGAUUUAGUUUCGGUUUAGUUAUUUGUCAUAAUCGACGAGUAAACAGAGGUAGAGGUGUGAGUCUAAUCCGCUGUCUGUUCGGUUCUUCUUCCGAGCCGAAGCCUGAGUCUAUCAGAGGCUGACUGAGGGGAUUUUUUGAGCGCCUGAGACUGCUGGAACAGAGAGAGAGAGAAGGAGAGACAGAGAGAGAGAAGGAGAGAGCGAGACAGGGAGAGAGAGACCGAGAGAGAGAGAGACAGAGCGAGAGAAAGAGACAGAGAGACAGACAGAGAGAAAGAGAGACAGACAGACGAGAGAGGGUGAGGGCACAACAUGGCAGCUGUGAAGUCCCAGGCAGGAACCGGGGCCAUGCAUUCAGCAACAGGGCGAAGAAAGGGCGGCCUGGUCAGACAUUAUGAUCAAGAGAAAGGAGACAUAAAGAAACACCGGAAGAACUCCGACUUACGGUCACCGGUGGGUCUUAGGGAAGCGUGGCCUGCCAGUUUGGAGCAAACAAACACCGUCCUUUUCUUACAGUCUUCCAGGGUUCAUCUGCCAUACCGGAGUCGUGAAUCGGUAGACAUGGACGAGAUCAUGGCUGCGAUGGUCCUCACCAGUCUGUCCUGUAGUCCAGUGAUCCAGAGCCCCACACAGAGAGACUCCUGUCCACAUGAUCCGCUGGAUAUGGAGUGUGGUGGAGGAGAACUGUCGGACGGCGGCAGCAGCGGCUACUGGAGCUGGGAGCAAGGUAGCGUAAGUCCGGUUCCCUCGCCGUCCGUCACCGAGACAGACAGCAGCAUGGGGCAGCUGGGAGACGAGGGGCUGCACAUGGAGCCGGAACUGGGGGCAGGUGACGAGCUGGAGAGUAGGUGGUGUAAGAGUUUGAGCAGGGAAGCGUACAGGUGUUUGUGGCCAAGCUGCGGAAAAGUGCUGACGUCACGCGUCGGGAUGAAACGUCACAUUCGCAUUCUUCACCUCAGUGGAGCAGAACAGUCUCACAGAGAAGAAGAUUUCUAUUACACCGAAGUAUCCUCAGAGGAAGAGGAACCGACGCCUCUGUCUCCCUCUCUGUCGUUCACCAGUGCACCCUGGUCCUCGUGUAGCUCCACCCACAGCCAGCCCACUUCCACAGAAGACAUGCCCUCUUCCAGUGCCUUCAGCCAAUCCGCUCCCAGCAGUGUGUGGCAGAUAUACACGGAACAUCUCUACCAGGCUUGUGCACCCAAUGAGACCAUAACCCCAGACUGUCCUUCCUCCUGUGACUGGACUUCAGUUGGACUUCAGCUGAGACCUCAGAUCAGCGUGUCACGUAGCCGUUCCAUCAGCGUGGGUGAGCAGUGGCUGCAACAGAGCAGCGUUCCCACCGGAUCACACACCAUCAGCACGUCACCAUCCAGAGGCCACUGCUCUAUCCGGAAAGGUCGAGGUGAGGCCAAAAAGUGCCGCAAGGUGUACGGAGUGGAGCGUCGGGAUCAGUGGUGCACCGCCUGUCGCUGGAAGAAAGCCUGUCAGCGCUUCCCUGACUAAAAAAAAAAAGCAAGCAAGAAUUUCAGUCUUGUCUUUUUUUCUUCUUCUUCUUCUUCUUCUUCUUUUACCGGACGACUACCGGCACUGUAGAGUACCCCUCUUUUUUACCUUUUCUACCUGUUUUCCAAACAAAUAUUUUUAGGAUCCUGCCCUGUGACGUGAGCCGUGGCGAUGAGACGGCGUAACCCGGUACAGUCCUGAUCCCCUUCUGGUUUUUCAUGCACUUCAACCGCUCUUGCGAUUAUUAUUUAAGUCAGUGUCAGUUUUGGUAUUUAGUGACCAUCUGAACAUCAGGUUGUUCUUUUUUUUUUUCUGUUGCUGUUUUUAUAUCCUGAAAUAUGUACUAGCAACAGUUUAUUGUGUUUAUUGUGUUUCUAUGGAUUCGAUUUUUGUUUGUUUGUUUGUUUGAUCGUUUUUCACGUUUCACUUUCGCUCACGUGACAGCGCUUCCUAAUCACGAGGCUAUAACGAUAUCCUUAAUGUUAUAGCGAUGUAUUGAUUUGCACUGAUGGAUUACCAAAGUCAUGUCAUGAUGUGUAACAGUAUUAUGUUUUUCUUUCUUUCUUUCUUUCUUUCUUUCUUUCUUUCUUUCUUUCUUUCUUUUGUUGUUGUUGUUGUAUCUGCUGUCCCACCCGAAGUGUCACAGACGAUUAAAACACACUCUGUACGGUACGCGCGACGGAAAACACGACGGUCUCAUGACAACGCACAAGAGAAAUAGUAAACUAUUUUAUUGAUAUUUUAUGUGCAUUAUUAUAUACAACUCGGACAGAAAAAAAAAUCACUUUGGAAAAAAUAUUCCUGGAAUGUAAUGUGUGUUGAAGUAUACAUUUUCCACAAAGCCAAAAGAGACAUAAAGGAAGAACACUGUCAUGGACACAGACCUGUACGCCAAUUCCUUGUGGUGAUGUUUUGGUUUUGUUUUUUCUUCUUGGCAAACCACUUUCCCAAACAACUUUUUUUUUUUUUUUUUUUUUUUUUUUUUGAAGGAAUACUUGAAUGAGAAAACUAUAAUUGCUAAAAUAAUUCCAACCGAAUAUCACCGCACAAGUCGAAGCGUAGAGAAGGCGAUUCGUCUCUUAAUUCUUGCUUCUUUUUUUUUAUUUGAUUUAUUUACUAAUGGACUCUGGGCAGGCUUUUAUUCACCUCAGAGGUCAUGCUGUGUGCUCAUGUUUAUGCUACAACUCCAUCUAGAUCAGGACUCAAAUAUAAAAAAAAUAAAUAAAUCAAAGUG